AUAUUCACAUACAUUUUUCAGCUUUUUUCCUGAAAUAAGAAUAUUGGACAGAUCGAUAUCUCUGUGUUGAUUUGUUUUGAUGGCUUCGAAACGGAUCUUGAAGGAGCUCAAGGAUCUACAGAAAGAUCCACCCACCUCUUGCAGCGCCGGACCUGUUGGUGAGGACAUGUUUCACUGGCAAGCAACAAUAAUGGGUCCUCAAGAUAGUCCAUAUGCAGGGGGAGUAUUUCUAGUCACUAUUCAUUUUCCUCCUGAUUAUCCGUUCAAACCUCCCAAGGUCGCAUUCAGGACAAAAGUUUUUCACCCGAAUAUAAACAGCAACGGUAGUAUAUGUCUCGACAUUCUAAAGGAGCAAUGGAGUCCUGCCUUGACAAUUUCCAAGGUGUUGCUCUCGAUCUGUUCACUUUUAACGGAUCCAAACCCGGAUGAUCCCUUGGUGCCAGAGAUUGCCCACAUGUACAAAACUGACAAGGCCAAGUACGAGCAAACUGCAAGGAGCUGGACUCAGAAAUAUGCAAUGGGUUAGUGUGAUUUUCCUUGAGGGCAGCUUAUAUUAUGUAGAAAAUGAUGUCUGUUCUGUCAUCUCUUCUUGUAAUGGACAAGUGUAUAAUAUAGCUUUGAAUUGUUUCUCUGUUGGAAGACAGAUUAUGCUUUGAAUUGUUCACGUGGAAACACUAUUUGAGAAAAGACUAAUAUUAUUUGUUAGUCUUGUUUAAGGGUAACUUUGAGCAAUGCUCUUAACUUAAAUUGAUUUAUAUAUUAUUGUGAAACCGAGUACCAAAGCC